CCACCUCGUGAACUCCUUGUGAAUCUAUUUAAAGCGGGGCCAUGGAAUAGGUGAAGGAGACUGGAAGGCGUGCGCGCCGGGGAGAAGAGGGAAAGCCAAGAGCCGCGGUGAAAGGCAACUCCGCUGCGGGCAGCUCAUCUCCUCAGCAAGGAGAUAUCCGAGCCGUCUAAAGGACAGAGGCCACCGGAGACAGGGAAUAAGUGGGGAACGUAUUCUCUUUUCCUGGGUUAUCCCCACAAUGUGCAAACUUCUAAGGUCUUCAGCACUGAUUGGGCUGGUGGUUUUGAUGCUUUCAGCAGGGCAUUGUAAAGAGAAAUCAGAAUCUAGUGCAGGGCUGAAGGAAAGGCAAAACCUCCUAAAUCUGAUAAUGGAGAUCAUUCAAGAACUGAAAAAAUAUCAUCUAGAAGAGGACGAGGAAAAUGGAGUGCAGUACAAACAAGGCUACCCACCUCUUGACCAAAGGGAAGUGCCUGACUAUGGAGCUUACUCAGAAGUACAGAAAGUUGAAAUAUUUCCUAGAGACCUGAGAAUGAAAGACAAAUUUUUAAACCAUUUGACAGGUCACCUUUACUUUGGUCCAAAAUGCACUAAACACUUUCAUAGACUUUAUCACCAUACAAGAGAUUGUACUAUACCUGCAUACUAUAAAAGAUGCGCCAGACUCCUUACUCGGUUGGCAGUAAGUCCAAUGUGCAUGGAAGGAUAAGAUGCUACUAUUAUCAAAGGAAAAAUAUAUAAAAGAACCAAGAGAAGUGCCUUGGAAACUAACAGGGAAAUUGAACUUAACAUUUUUGUAAUAUAUGGCAUUAUGAACCAGAGAUUUAUUUUUGCAAAUUGAUGGACUACUUCUCAUAAAUCUUUAAACAUGUGUUUUGUAUCCUGUCAUCACUGUUUACAGACACAUUCUUCAUAGUGAAAAACAACCAAAAGUAAUUAACAUGUUUUAUGCUUUAAAAUUGCCCUACAACAGUUGUGUUGUACUGCCAAAAAAGUAACAAGCACCAUCUUUUCAAGUAUAGACAUGUUUCCCUUAAGAGACAUUACAGCACGCUGUCAAGGAAACCUGCCUGUGGAAGAAGCAUCAUUUGAUAUCUUUCUUGCUUAUGCAAUUUGACAUGUUACAUUACAAACUUUUCAUAAAGUUGUUAUGGUGGUGGACUACUAGACUGCAUGCCAUAGGCAAGGGAUGAACAUGUUUUAGGUUGGAUUCUGUAUCCACUCUAAAGUCACUUGUUUCCGGUAUAAUAGAAAUAUACAUUCCAGCUAAAUGUGCAAUAUGUAAAUAUUGUAAAUUCACAAAUAUAUGUAAUAAAAUGUUUUGUAUAUAAUUUGGUUCAUGUUUAUUCCUUGCACAUUCCAGUUUGGACGAAAUUAUGCUUCUGAAGCAGAGGUAGGCAACUUGAUGCUUUCAAGAUAUGUUGGGUCACUAUUCCCAUAAUACUUGACCAGUGUAUAUUCUGGAUGGAUUUCACAGGUUGCAACUCAACAAGUCUGAAGGGCAUUAACUGAUCUCAAUACAGGUAGUCCCUGGGUUAAGAUGACCCGUAGUUAAGAACAGAGCCUAUUGUAGCAAAA